AUGCUUGAAAAGUACCUCAGCUCCAUUAUUGUGCCCUACUUGUCACAGUUUGUGGAAAACUUGGAUUCGAAACAACUAAAUGUUGACUUGUGGAAUGGCAAUGUUGUGCUCAAGGAUUUAAUGCUGAAGAAGAGCGUGCUUGAGGCACUAAUCCAGGGCGAUCCCAUCGGUGAUAACUUCUCUUUUGAGGGUGCAACGAAAGCAGCACCAACACCUGGUGUGAACCCGGCUCCGCGCCUUCCGUUAACGGUACAACGUGGCAUUUGUAAGAGGGUCAACCUGGUGGUACCGUACACACAAUUGCGAUCGAAGCCUGUAGUUAUGGAAAUAGGUGAGUUACUUAUAUGUGUCAAGGGUAAUACGGAAUGCCGUGACGUGGUGCUGAGUAAGGCGGCAAAGCUCGACGCCGCAGCAGCACGGAAGUCACGUGAGCUGGAACAAUUUGAGGCAGAGCGAAGGCGUACGAGGGAGAACAACGCAAACAAUAGCGCUGGCGCAGCUGCUGCCACCAGUGCAGGUGCUGCUGCGGACACUACAGAGAAGGCACCGGGAGCAACCACCGGGGCCUCGGUGACUUCUUCGGCUACGGAGAAGGGGAAGGGAAAGGACGGUUAUCUCUCUCGUCUGGGGGAGCUUGUAGUAAAUAACAUAGUCAUUAAAGUUCAGAGUGUGCAUGUUCGUUACGAAGAUGAGGCCACUAAGACUGUGGCUGGUGUGAUACUCGGUGAUGUCAGAUUGUUUACGGUCGAUCUUUUCACGGGAAAUGAAAAAUUUGUCGACCCUGUAGGGAUGCGGCGCAUGACAAAAAGGUUGGAGUUCGCCGGCUUGCAAUGCUAUUGCGACGACCCAGCGCGAUACGAACUGAAUCCCCAUGGUUUCUUCAUAUCGAGGGUUAACGAUAUGUCAAAGUGGGUGAUCGCGAUGAGGGAACGUGUCGAGGAAGGUGAUGUUGAACAUUCAACCAUCGUUGGACCCGUGAAGGGUCAUGUGGAUGUGAAUUUGAUCUUAAAAAACUUUAUUAGGGACCUCAUUUGGGAACCGUACUUAAAGGUGCGGAUGAGGUUGGAUAGUUUCCAGUCGAAGUUUAAUCGUGCCCAAUACCUUACACUAAUCCGCACCAUCUCUUUGUUAAGCAACUGGACCAGUCUAACAGAGGUUUUGUCGCGGCGGCCAAACGUACCAGUUACUGGAAAUGCUUGUGCAUGGUGGCGCUAUGCAAUUAAGGCAGUACGAUCUGUAACGGCCGCCCCGAAACGUGAGAGAUUGUUGCAGCGCAUCUCCGAAGUCUGCAUUGUGGACUACCACGUCCUCUACCGCGAUGUUGUGAGGAAAACUGAGAUGUCACCGGAGAAGCAGCGAGCAUACCGCUUUAUUACCCGUUUCAUGACAGUACCUGACAUGAUUGCCGGUCGAAAGUAUGUUUAUGCACAACUGGCCAACGCCAUUCAACUCAAGCGCAAGGACACCGAAGCAAAGAAGGCCGAAGCGCAACCUGCUGAGGAAGGACCCAAAAAGGGGGGAUGGUUGUCUUGGAUUCGUCGUCAGCAUAAUGAUCCGGAACCUCAGGAGGACGAGGAAGCCCGCGCGCUUGAGGAACUUGAGCGGGAAUAUGGUCUUGAUCCUGGUGAAGCAAAUGGAAGUGAUACAGGAGAAGAAAAUGAGGAGGAGAAGCUACCGGAAUCGUACUGCUGGUUUGAUGCUCAGUUCGAACUCUCUAUGCACCACACCACUCUCUAUUUGUCAAAGACUCAGAAACUUGACUUGGUACUUCAUGAUGUGGGUCUCUUAGUAAAAACUUUUAAUGCCCCAAACUCCGUGCAGGUGCGAAUAGUCACAGAUAAUCUCACAUUGUCGAACCCAGUGGAGGAUGAAACGCUACGAGAACGGUUGCCGUCGCUUGUUGAAGGUUUGCCCUUCCGUUGUGGCCCAAGCAGUGAGGAUCUUGGCGUGGUUACUGAACGUUCCCGUUCGUGGAACAGUGUUCCACUACUGGAGUGUAGUGCUGCGCUUAACCCGGUAGAGCAACCCAUUGAAGACACACACCUUGAUUUUACUAUGAAUAUGCGUCUACUUCCGUUGCGCGUCGUUGCUGAUCCGCCAACUAUCGAUGCUAUUGUGCGCUUUUUUCAUGUUCCCAAAGGGCUCGACGUUGGAUAUGUUGUGGGUAGGACAAAGGACUUUGCGCUUACGGUCGGUCAAGCUGCCUCCACCGAGUUGCGUCAGGCUAUGACUAACACAAAGGGCUACAAAAUCUCUUUGGAUGCUGCAGGACCUCACAUAAUUUUCCCCAAAACUCUGAGAGGGGCUUUGGAUGAGCCAGCGCUGGCUGUGUCAUUAGGGCAUGCCAUGUUUGACACGCAGCCCUUGACAGAGACUGAGAAACAGCAACGACUAUUAGCGGCGCAGGCUGGUGGGCAAAAUGAAGAGUGGCAUUAUUAUUCUAGCACAGCUGACUUCUCUAAAUUCUUCAUCGAACUCGGGACGCUGGGGUCAGUGUUGGAGCGACAAGGCAGUGGUUUCAUGCUCGUACCGGAGAUAGCGUACUCUGCUUCAGUAUUACAGCUUAUAGACAGAGAUAUGGCUAACAACCGGGAGUGGCUCAUUGUGCGGAUGGUAGUUCCCAAGUUGUGCAUGGCGUGUUCGGUGGGUCAGGCCCAUGUCCUGUCGAACAUGGUAGAACAGUGGGUCGCGUACUUGGCCGCUGCUGGAACAGAAGAUGACAACGAUCCGGUCGCAAUGCCGUCGGUAGACACUGCAGUGCUCGGGGCUGAAAAACUUUUGGCGGCGGCGGGUUCCCCUGGAGGAAUAGGUCCAACUGUUGGUGUAGGAGGUUCGACUUCAGCGGGCGCACCCUCCGCCGAGGGGUCAUACUUCAACUCCUGUACAGGGAAUGCAUCACGGCCUCGGAAAGCGAAAAACUCGGAAUCGGAUUCGGAUGACGCCCUCGCGAGCACAACACCGGUAGUAGCCCUCCGGACGCAAGCAGACUUACCGUAUGUUCGGUUACACGCCACAAUCGAGGAGCUUGGUAUUUCUAUUUUUGAGGAUGACUUGGAAACACGACAACCCCUUGUUGCGCCUCGCUUCACCAUGGCCUUCAGGACAGCUCUUAUGACACUACAUGUGCGCACACAGAAGCAGCUUCUGGAGAUGGUACUCAACGAUCCGUAUUGCCUUGAUGCUAGGGAACCGGAUCACCUUGUAAUUGCUGGUCCUUCAAUCCACUGUAACGCAGAAAUGGCAGCAGACAUGCCCAUGCAUGUUGAUAUCGUAAUGCAACCUCCACUAAAAUUUUGCCUUAACACGUCGUGCAUGGAACUCCUUGAGGCGGUGGUCGACAUCACAAACCUCAUAGCCACUACUUCGGAUGCCAUUCCACAACUUACGAGGAGCGACGAAGGUGGUGUAGACACCGUAAAGUUUGAAAGGGGCGCAAAGAUUCCCCUUGACGUUAUGCAGGAGUUGCAAAUUAAGCAAGUGCAGCAUAUGUUCGGAAUGCCAGAUACACCUGUGGUGCAGAUGUCACUGCGCAUUGCUGGCAUCGCAACAGUGGAGUUGAUGGAACGUUGUGUGGAGAGGCAACCUUCACAAGAGCAAUCGGCAGGAAAGGGUGAGAGGCAACCAAGGGAUUACCCCAUAGCGUACGCAACCUUCAAGGAGGUGAACUUAUUCUUGAGGAAAAACUCCGUCACGAUGGAAGUCAACGGUAGCGUACAGCAGGUGGAGGUGUCACUCUCCGAAGUGCACGACGUUUCCCCAUCAAAUCGCGUUGUGCUGCAACGUCGAGUAGCACCACCUCAUGCCUCGCCCAUAAAGUCCAAGGUGACAGAACCGUUGGAAACUGGGGCAACGGUGGCAGUAGCCGCAAUGUCACCAGGGUCUGGCAGCGGCCAGUUGGCUUCUUCGCAGGAAAACUUACCACCCAGACUUCAAUCUUCAGAGAGUGAGCAACGGCAACAUCUUACGUUCACGUAUCGCACCAGCCGCCCGGUGAUGCCCAUAUUUCAAACUGGUGCCGAUGGGAAGCGUAAAUUAACCAAUGUCUCAGAACUGCGGUUUUCCGGCUUUGCGGAGUUAGAAUUCAGCUCCAGCGACAUACAUUUAGACAUUCACAGCGUCAUUGUUCUUUCGCAAUAUUUUUGUACAGGUCUCUUUGCGGAGUUGUCGGGUCUUUCGUUAAGGACGCGCUACGACGGUCGAGUUCCCGCUGGGCCGUCACUAAUUGAACCACCGCAGCUGCUGACAAGCGUGCGAGUGUUUGCACAGGACCUGACAUUCAACCUCCCUGUCGAUGCGAGAGUGGAGAACGACAUCGAGCGGUUUCGUGUUUCAGUGGAUCAUGUUGCGGUGCAAAGUAGCCUUCUUUCAGCUGAAGAAAAACAAUCUAUGAACAUUUCCCUGCGCGAAAUACGCCUUCUGCACGGGUUUCCCCACGGAGUCGACGCCGAGCGAAUGCAAUCAGCGGCGGAGGGGAAGGUGUUAAUGCCGACAACAUCGCUCGAUGUCUCCCUAAAAAGCCCACUUGAUCAGUUGUCUGAUGAACCGCUGCGUGUUGAAUUGCGGGGAGAUGAACUGGUGCUUGCCCUAACAGAGGGAGACAUUGUGGAUCUGUGCCGCCUUAUUAGUGGGAACCUGACGCGCGCGCCUCCCCCACCACCACCAGCGCCCCCGCGUUUGCAGUCGCUUACUGGAAGUCGCCGUGAAUCCUCAGAGGUAGGCGAGGCACGACUGCCUUCCGUCGCCGCUUGCUCGCCGCAAGAGAUAACCGAGGCGCAGAGUGGAGCUCAUGUAGUGUGGCGAGCCGGGCGCUUAACACUGUCGCUGCUCGACACAUCAAGUAGUGGCGCUCGUUUUCGUCUUGAGGGCAACGGCUUCACUUUUGAUCAGAGGGCCCCUGGCGGUGAACUCAGUUUGCGAUGGGAUAAGCUUGAACUGCACGAUGUUUAUGAAGAAACGUGCCGGGCGACGAUGUUACUAUGUGGUUGUGGCCGCGUCGAACUGGGCAACCUUCCGGCCCCAUGGUGUGAUCCGUGCAAGGGAGCAAACAAAGAAGGAAUGAAUGACCAAGUUGACAAAAUCAACGCGACGACAGGGGACGGUACUAGUUCCGUGGACUUUGAAGAUCUCACACCAGAGCAAUUACAUCAAUUAUUGCAAGAACAACUGAACCAGCCGCAAGAUUCUGCAUCCGCCGGUGGUCUUUCAAGAGACUUUGUCGAUAUUCAAACACUUGUCGUUGACUUCACGUUGGAGCGCUUUGCUGUUUCAGACCAGUGGCUUGCUGUGUACGAUUUUGUUUGCAAUCAGGCGGUAGUUGAGGCACUGCAACACGUAGCGUCGACGGAUGAUUCUGUUCCUCCGCGGAGGCUGUGCCAAGGGUUCAAGGAACCCUCUGAGGGUAUGGAAGGGGCCAAACCAUUUCGAUGUAUUGUGACAACGCGUGCGGUCAACGUGCCGUUCCUAACGAUUUCGCGGGAGGAGUUUCUUGAAGCGGAUAUCACGUCGUUGCACGCCGACGUCAUAACGUAUCUUAAUACCACGACGGUAACUGUUAGAAUGCAUGACUUGGUGGUACGGCAUUCUGCCUCAGGUGAGCGUGUGCUGUUUAAGAAGCACGACACCGACGACUUGCAUUUGUCCUCGUUUGACAACACCCAGGAAAAUCUUCUUCUGACAGGCAUAAACUCAGCGCGCUCUCCGCGUACGCCUGCGGGGGGGACGACAACAGCACCAGCUGCUGCAUUAACCAAUCCCACAACAACAACUGCUUCACCUAAUCAACCCGUAGGGACAGCCACUCCAGAUAUUUUAAACCUGAGGUGCCAUAUUGGUGGAACACCUGAAAACCCACAACAGCGUGUAAGAAUUGCAGUAGGUGAAUUGGCAACUCUCUUUUCCGCACCGCUUGUUGCACAGAUUGUGGAAUAUUGCGCGCAGCCAGAGCAGCCAAUAGCCAAAAUAUCGAAUUUGGGAGUUAUGCGGGAGCAACGCGAGCGGCUAGCUCGCGCUGCUGACCAGAUGGUCAACAAUGGUGCCAUAAAUGUUCAGGUGUUAUGGCAGCAGCCCUGCAUUAUAUUUGCGGGGAACGCGCAAGAGUUAGCGAACAAAUCGCGCAAUAUUGAGGCUCAUCUGGGUCUAAUGGGAUCGGAAAUAUUAUUUGACAAGCGGAGCGGAAGCUGCACGGUCUCAACUAAAGUGGUUGGAGUGUCCAUUCCGGAAAUGUUGGAGGAAACAACAGUGCGCUUAAGAUACAAACUUGAAGAACGCAACGCAGACAUCUCCGUGGUCGUAGACAAAGCAACGGCGCUGCUUCAUCCAGUGGGUGUAGAGAAACUCCUUUGGGUUAUUCAGUGGAAUCUCAUGGUGCCACCCGAUGACAGUGGCAACAGUGUAGCUAAUAAUGUCACGCAUUCCGGUGCAGUUGCGGGGGCUUGCGAAAAGGAAGGAAUUAAAGAACCAAAUGUUCUGAACGAGCGAAAGGAGCAGGUAGUCGGUGAGCGCUCAACUGAUCUAGUGGAGGAACCCAUUACCCAAAAUAUCCAUGUAGAAGCCUCCUCUAUUGUCCUUGCAAUGCAUGAUGUUUUGGGUUUGCAUGUGCACACAACCGCACUCGGUGGGCUCAAGAUUCACGUCAACGCUGCUGGGGAUGUGGAUAUUGCCGUUAAGUCUGUGACAACAGUGGAGCACUUUACCAACCAGCGGCUCAUGGAAGCCUGCGGUGAAGGGGCUCUCACGGUGCACGUGAAGAGUGCGGAGAAGACAACUUCUGUCUGCAUGGCCGAGGUUAAUUUUAGGGUGGUGCCGAAAGCGGUAGGAAGUCUUCUCAACAUGUUAUUGUCUGUACAGCUUCCGCCUCCCUUGCCGUCAGUAUCAGGGGUCCCUACGACUGUUUUGCCAUCAGAAACCGGUUGGGAGCAUCGACUUUCUGUUAGAUUAAAUUGCUGCCGAACCCUAGCUCUUCAUGACGGUCAAGAGGUAUUUCUUGCCGAGUACAAGGAUUUGAAUGUUGAUUUGUGCUCGUUUGCCGACGCGUCAAGUACACUCACCGUUUCGAUUGGCUGGCUCGUCGUCCAGAACCUGUACUCUAAGAAAGUGAAGGGAUCUGAAUUAAUGCUACCGAUGGAUGGGGAGGAGAAUGGGUCCCCUGCCGUCAUUGAUUUUGUGCUGACUACAUCGCCCCCAAAUAACAGAAGCGUCACUAGGGAUUGUGAUUGUGCUGCUGCACCCUGUUAUGUACAGCAGCUGCGAUGCCGAAUUUCCUCUUUCUUGAUUGUUUCGGUGCCGGAUGUUACAUAUGCAGCUGUCCAGGUAACUGCAGAUAUAUUGGGAAACAUAUCAGAUGUAAACCGUGGGAAAGCGUACGACUAUGUAGCGGAGAAAACGGCCCAGCAGAUACGCGAGAGACAGCAACUAACCGAAGUGGAGGUGGCCAUCGGACGUCCCUGCAUUAAGCUUCUCGACGCUGUUGAUUCACAAAAUGUGGUUGAGGUGUUUCUGGGCGAUUUUGUUGUAAGGAACAAAUUGCGCUGUGCUGCUGCUCAGGGAAGUAACGUAGCAAUGUGCGCCCCACAUGCUGAGGUGUUUUCGCUCAGUAUAAACCGCCUAUCUCUUAACAUUCUCGGUGGGUCUGCGUUCAACCAUAGCAGCAGCAUCGAGGUGGAGUUCUCUCGGUUAAUCACUGAUGAUGUCAUCCCCACUGUGGCAUCAGAUGAAUCUGUUGGGGUGCCAAAUGAUGAGAUGAUGAGCCUGAAUGUUUCCGUACCAAUGCUGUCUGCGAGGUUAACGGAGGCACAGUUGAAUACCUUACUUGACGUAGUGGGGGCCUUUAGCUCUUUUGGCUGUUCCCCACCUGUUUGGGGAGAUAGUUGUGGGGCAUUUCCAUCUUCUCACUCACAGGGGGCGAGCGGUCAUCACGACGGAAGCAUGAGCGCCACGAGUUUCCACACCUCUAGUGUAGUUUCGCCUUCAGGGGGGGCUGCUGGAAAGAGGCGGGCGAAGGACCCCUUGCUAGGACUGCAGGUGCAGGGGGCUGCACAUGGUUGUGGACUACCCACGGGCGAUGUGAACGUAACUGCCGCAACAGCUGAUGGCACCAUAACCAACUCUGAGUCUGUCACCAAUGAAGUUAGCACCUCAAUGAAGAUAAGCGCUGUAAUGCAACGUCUCGUCGCAAACAUCGACGACAAAUUUGAAAUCACCGUUGACCAUCUUACCGUGGAACAGGUUACCACGUCAAGGCUGAGUAGAACUGCAAACGGAAACGAUAAUUCGAACGCAGUUCCCGUCCCACCACUCACCAAUAGCAACAGCAAAUUAUUCCUGGAAGGUCUGGUGAUUCGGCACUGCUCUUGGGGUAGUUUCGAUGACAAUAACGAGAGGGCUUCUCUCUUUGCUUCGAGGGAUGUUGAAGUUGCUUCUGUGACCGUCAUGAGUGUCAACGGAAACAGCCGGGAAACUGAUUCGAGCACCACUGUUCGUUUGGGAUGCCUGCAUACCACGAUCACUCCACAGAUCUUGGUCGAUGCCAGGAACAUAUUGUACGGCCCGUUCUGCAUGAAAGUUGCUCGAACCCCGCUUAGCCCCAUUCCUAUAUGUCGUCUUACUGACGAUGUUUAUGUGCUAAAGAGCAACUUGUCACUCGACCCUACCCACAUCCUCAUAACAGGCAACAAGUCACGUUGCUCUUAUGUUCUGGAUCUCAACCAAUAUAAGUUGUGUAUCUUGGGUCCGCCAGCCCCGCACAUUGUGUUAGAUGACAACUGCGAACUUACAAUUACUAAUGGCUGCAUAGUGGUUCCAGGCAUGUACGCGCUCAGCUCCUUUGUUAGCUUUGGUGGUAACGCAUCUGUGUUCACAACAAAAUCGUGUGUGAUUGAAAAAAUAGCACACCACGACCGGGUUGUCGCAGCGGUCUUUCGCCCGGUCAGGCGUCGCAGCAGAGGCGGAGUUGAGUCAACUGCUGCACCUACUCAUAAAAACAUGGCGGCCCCAUCUGUGGAUCCCGCGAAGCAACCAGUUACUUCAAUACAGCCGCCGCAGCAACAACCACAAGUGGGUGCCGUAUCACUGAAUAGCACAUCAGUCAUCCCUCAAUGUCAAUCAAACAUCGUACCACGUCAGGCUAGUGGUGAAGAGGUGAGGUCAACGGUGAGUGUAGAGUGUAAGGAUGUUAUGCUACGCGUCAUGGCUGAGGAAGCAGAAGACAUAGGUGUUUGCAUGUUUAUGGCUCUGGAUUUCACUACAACGCGUCAGCUGGAUGAUGGUGUACUGAAACAAAACUGUGCCAAAGUGACGUUGAGAGACAUUCGCACAUCCACAAGGGAUGAAGUUGCGCUCCAACCCUCUACGUUUACUGUGGCUGUCGCCGGAACCGACAGGGUGUCUGUCACGGGAUCUUUAGCAUCUCAGGGAUUGUGUCUACGCGUGUCGUUGGUGCGUUCUCUCGUUGAGUUGGUUAAGGACACUAUGAGUGCUUUCACUCAUGAAGGGGAAGUUCCAGUGUACCCAGUUAAUGUGGUGCUCGAGGACGAAAACUUAAAACCGCUUGUCGAUGUACCCGCACUGGGGGAGUGUCGUAUAUGCGAGAUGCAGUGUGCCAAGCUUGCCACAAGUGAAGAGGGCCCUGGGGUAUUGUGCUAUCGUUGUUGCACAGGGAAAAUGGCCCUACCAGAAACGAACGUGUGGUUUGCCGUCGACCCCGUUGACAUUUUAUUGCUGAGCGAUAGCGGUGGUAUGUUGCAGUUACGCUGUGUAGCCCCUUUUGAGACAUGCUAUACGGCGGAUAAGGGUCUUCAUACCCACAUGAAGCUUCAGGUACGCAACCUCAAUGACAACGCCGCUGUGUGGGAGCCGCUUGUGGAGCAUAUUACGAUGACGUUUGGGGGCGAUGUGCGGACGUCAGCAUACUGGAUUAAGGUGGAGAAAUUCGACUAUGUGUUGUCUCCGAUGAACGUGAAAUUACUAAGGAAGCUUUCAGAGGACUUCUCCCCCACAUCAGAGCUGCAGAGACAACUUCGAAGGAAGUUCCGCGGGAACGGACACAGUUUACUUCAAACAGAUGAUGAGACCUUGGAUGAGGUUGGUGGCCGAGGCACUAGUGCCGAAGUAGCAGAGGGGGUUUGUGAUGAUGGACAUAAAUAUGUGGCGUAUGUGGAGGUGCAUAACUAUUUCAGUGAAUCUUUAGAGUUUGAUGGACUACCGAUAGAGCCACGCGGACGCUCCGUAGCAACGAAUGUGAAUAAAAAUUAUGGUACUUUGCGUCGAACACACAGCGUCAGUUCCGUCGGUGUGACUAUCAACUGGUUCCGAUCGCCUCUGUACGUACGCUACCCCGAUAUGGUGGUGAGGGUGCAAACGACGCUUUCGCACAGAGAAGGCUCUAAACGCCUCUUCCGUGUUGUGUCCCUUCGGUGCUACCCGGUUCAUCGCACCGACAUGAUUAUUUGUCUGAAGAACAACGUCAGCACCCACGUGGAGGUCGUAAGCGGCGUGCCCGCUGUAGGCCCGCAGGAGAGUUUCUACUUUCACCCGGACUUCUCGCUUGACCGAAAACUUCAGUUGCGACCUGUUCAGACCGUUGAUGAAGAGUAUACCGAGGCUCUUGCUGUAGGUACUGGUGCAGCCCCAACUUUGAGUUCACUAUUGAGCGCCUCCUCCACCACGCUCCACUCCCGUGGCGUGAAACGGAGGGAGAAACUCUUUGUUUUUACGAUACAUGAACGGCAGGAGGACAUCUGGGCCGGUACACCCAUGUUUGUCAUUUCCAUUGAACCACAUAUUUGUAUUGAGAACAACCUCCCAUGCAGCGUUCGCUUCAGGAUCCACAAGGACGGACCGGGAAAGCAGAACCUUUUCAGUUCUGUAGUGAAGGCAGCGGAGCGUGCUGAUGUUAUUCAGGGUGAGACAAGUGUGGACAGGGCGUGUUUUCACUUUGAGGUGCAUCACGAAGACAAAGACAGCAAUGGUGUGAUAUACUCGACACCGACACCAGUAAAACUCAAGCCGCGCACAACACAUGUUGUUCUUAGGGCUCAACUAGGCGAUUCACGCGAGCUUCGAAUCAACGUGCGAUGUAAGGACAAUAAAAUUGUGCUUAGCACGCCGUACUCUAUCGUUAACUUUGCGCCGCUUCCGAUAGAGCUACGGGAGUGUAGUUCUUCGGGCGUCGAGAUACCAUGCGCGGGGACAAAUUUUCGCUUUUUACCAAAACAAAUGAAAAGUGCGUAUCCGGCGUCGCCCCAAAGUGCCGAUGCGCGAGAGUUCUUUGUGAACGUUCACAUCAUGGACUACGAAGCGCGUGCUAUUCCCCUUCACGUGCAAGACAGUAGUGCGAUCGUGUUAGGGGAAAGGAUGGAUAAAGGAUCGGCCGAGAGGGGCACCAGCAAUCGCGGUCCUAUACUCUUUCACCUAAUGUGCACGAUGCAAGUGGACAUGUACGGCUCACGCUUUGUCACCAUCGUGCCACGGUGGACCAUUGUCAACCGAACACCCCGGGACCUAUACGUUGCCCAGGCUUUGUUGGAUGCGGCCCCGCCUGGGUCAUCUUCUAGUGGAAAGGACACUCGCACUGUCGGUGGAGUGCCAGAUAAAGUUAGUGGAAGGUGUUUCCGUUGCCGUUAUGACAUCGCUCAACAUAUACCUCCAAAUUCCUCCACACCGCUCUUCGUAACGGCUAGGUGCUGCUCGGAGCUGGGCUACGCUGUUUUCGUGCUUGCGGAUAAGGGUGCCCGGGUAUAUGGUAAUCCCGUGAGUCUGGAAGAGGUCGCUAGUGAGUUAGUGGUGGCCCAUGGGGUAUGUGAGGGUGGGGAAGCUAAGCGGGCCAGUGUGGUUGUAGAAACAUCUGUGGUAGUUGACGGACCAUACACCUUCUUCACUGUGCAAGACCUUCCCGUGUCACCCUAUAUCCUUCUUAACCGAACACCGCUGUCGUUGGAGUUGCACGGCGCGCAUGGCCAUCGGCUGGCGCGCGUCGGACCCGGUUGCUCAACGCCGUUCGUAAUGAACCCGCGUGAUAAACCAACCCGCACUCGCAUCACCCUCGAGUCGGGAACCUGGGACACAACCGCUACCGCGGAUGUUGGUGAAGAACCCCCCAAAUGGGAAGGAGAGCACCCGACCCCCUUCGUCGAGUUCGACUUCGACAGACCCAUGAGACAGGAAGAAAGGUACAAUGAACUAGAUAUUGAGUAUGUUGUUGGCUUUGGGCCAUUCGGGCAGCAGAUUGUCGAACUUAAAGUCGCCACCAGCGCCGGUAUGUGUACAACUAGAGGCGCUGCUGGUGGUGGCGUGCUGAACCCCCUGGAAUCAGACAGUAUUUUGAACGAACGCUCCCUCCGCGUGUAUCAGCCACCACCCCCGACUCCAUUAGAUGUGGUUAUGAACUUGUCCUAUGUUACCUGUUCGCUUGUGACGAUGGACCAAGAAAUUCUUCUUGUUGCAAUCGAAGAUGUUCGUUGCCACGUUACCAGAAAGGAUACUAAGGAAACGGUUAAUUUCACUGUGAAGAAUAUUCAAAUCGACAACCAAUGUGAGGAGAAACCAGUAUAUGAGGUUUGCCUUGUGGCUAUCCGCGCCGCUAACGAUGUGCAGUGCAUUUCUGCCUAUGUGGAACGUGAGAUAGUUCCCGCCCGGGCGCUGCUUUGUGUGAAUCAAGUUUGUCUCAACGUUGUUCCGAUUGCUGUUCGAUUAUCUGAUAACGUGCUAGUCGCAAUUGCCAGCUUUGGGGCGCAGCUCACUGUAGAGCAACCCAUGCGCGCUCAAGCUCCGACGGAACAGGAGCUCUUUGAUAACGCCCCAGUAACCGUGGGUGCCAUGAACACACGUGUAAUCCUUCGGUGCAUGGUUGUAAACCCGUUGGAAGUGCGAGUAUGGUUCGAACGCGAGGCCGGUGGGCAUGACUUCAUUCGGGAGCAUGUGCGUGUUCGAACCGCAGCAUUGCUGUCCAUGAUGAUUCAGUCAUGUGAAGAUGUGCAUAUCAAUUUGCCUGGCCUCAACAUAGAGAGACGCUCCGGUAGUGCAGGUGUACUUUGGGAGUGGCUUCUGAAAGUAUACUGGGAUAAGUCCUAUACGCUUAUGGCAGGCUUGUUCUACCAAUACGCUUCUUCUCUUCCGCUAAUCGGAGCUCCUAUCAAACUGUUCUCCGGUUUUGGCGCCGGUGCACUCAAGUUCUUCCAGGAGCCCGUCGCCGGUUUGCAGGAGUCACCAAAGGCGUUUGCCCGUGGCUUGGCAGCUGGCUCCGCCGCUUUGCUGAGGGAAACUGCCGGUGGAGGACUCGGCGCCGUAUCAAACCUCGCAAAAACCGGUGCUAGCAUUAUAGAUGUCUUUGGAGAUGGUUCUCGUACCUCCUCGCGUAGUGGUGGAGCUGGAGCGUGUGUACUGCAUGGCCUUGCCAGCGGUGUUAAAGGUGUUGUGAACGCGCCUGUGGAGGGAGCCACUCAGGGUGGUGCUCGCGGUUUGCUUUUUGGGAUGGGUAAAGGAGCGCUUGGACUCGUGACUAAACCCGUUGCGGGUCUGUUGGCAGAUGUUUCCCGACUGACAGGCACAGCGGCAAGGGCAUGCGACUCCUCUCACCUUCCCAAGGUAAGGCGUCGAAGGGGGUUGCGUGAAUUUCAUGCGAAUGGAGCGGUGGCCGAGCGCAACUCGCUGCUCACCGUCUUUGAGUACGAGCGCGGGGAGCAUGACGGUUCGAAGUGGACGGUUGGGUCUGAGAGUUCGUGGUCUGAUGACAAACCGCAGUGGUUGCCGUGUACAAAGGAACAGAUGCAACGAAAGCAGGGAGGGGGACCGCGGCCAGAUAUGUGGCAGGUUCAACGCUAUGGCACGAAUUUUGAGGGGUGGAAGUACAGCAAAAAUUAUCAUGGUAAAUAUACCAGAGAACAGCUCCCGAGGUCGAAGGUCCGACGUCGACGUUGGGUGUCGGUAAUCAGACCAAUGCCCACCUCAGCCAUACUCCGACUUGUACACAUUGCUACUAAAAACCCAACGUGCACCUCCUCUUCCGAUUCCGUAUCAGAUGGCGUUUUCUGCUCUGCACAACUCAAACAUGGAUCCGUGUCGUCGGCAACAGCAUCUUCUUUUAGGGGCUCGAGUGGUUCUCCCGCGGACGAUUCAUUUCCCGGAACAAAAUUCAAACCCGAGAGCCCCAAGGAGGCCUUUCGUACGGUGGUGCUCUACGAAUACGAGGCAAAGGUUGUGUUUGUUUGGUCAAGCAGGGUUUUACCGCAAGGUCGUUCCCCGUGGGAGGACUCUGAGGGUUGCCGUGUGCAGCGCAGAUCCGACUACAACCCCCCACACGGUUGGUCGUGGGAUUCCGAUUGGUUCCUCUCCAGGGGUGCCGCCGGUCCUGACGGAUGGGAAUACGUUGGAAAAGAGAGUCACACCUCUACCGAGUUGAGGCGCCGUUGCUGGAAGCGAAGAAUCCGAAAGGUGCUGUAG